AUGCAUGAGCCGGAUAACUUUCCUUUAGACCCUGAUAGGCCCUACACCCCAAAGGCCGCGACCAGAUACAAUGCUAGCGAUUUCGAGGUGUCGCGUGGCAUAGCGCAUGCUGUCAUCGUGCUGCCGAGUGUAUAUGGUAUCAAUAACUCAAUCCUCCUAGACGCCCUAGACUAUUUCAAGGGAACGUACCGGGGCGUCUGCGUCGUCGACCCUGGCAGCGUAAGUAACGAGACGCUCUCCUUAUACCAUGAAAAGGGCGUACGAGGCGUGCGAGUCAAUUUUGGCGACGACGGGACCAACGACGAGAUUGUCGAAGCCGUCAGGAAGAACGCCGAAGUCGCAAGAGCCCAAAACUGGGUCCUCCAGCUCUACAUACCUUUGAAGGCAUUUGUCGCUCUUCACGAUGUGAUACCAGGGCUGGGCGUUCGCGUCGUGACCGACCACUUCGGGCACGCCAUGGUAGGAUCCAGGACGAACAACACCGCGGAUACUGUCGACCCGUAUCAGAUAGAGGGGUUCACCGAGAUGGUCGACCUCCUACGACGCAGGCUUCUCUUCGUCAAGAUCUCGGCGCCGUACCUGAACUCCCUGAAAGGGCCACUCUACGAGGAUAUGCGCGUUGUUGCCGAGACAAUCAUGGUGAAUGGACCGGAGAUGGUGGUAUACGGGUCCGACUGGCCGCACACAGCAAACGCGGAAGGGAACGCUGUUGCCGGGGGAAGGCUGGUGCCGCAGGCAUAUCGCAGCAUCAAUGACGCCGCCAUCGUCGAGGAGUUCAAGAACUGGGCUGCCACCGACCAACAGAUUCAGCGUCUAUUCGUCGACAACCCGCGCCGGUUAUGGCAAUGGAACUCCGUGGAUUCGUGA